CAGGUAAGGCAUAAAAAUUUAUGAGAUAAUGAUUUCAAAAUGGGGAAUCGUUUUAAUGGUCACUUGGAUUAGAAGUGUAUUUAUACAUGCUCAACAAAACUUUCUACGUGUGGAUUCCUGUCCCCAGAACAAAAUAGAAUGGGAAACCAGACAACAAAACAAGAACUGUGAGGAUCCACUUCAUUAUCACUGUGCAGCCAUAGAAUCAACAGAAAAGUUUGGAGAAAUAUGUGCUCUUCCUGCUUUGACGUUUGCAGGAGACUGUCCUGUACUUAAUGCUUUAUCCCACAAUCUUGACUUCAAGAGUUGCACUACUCAUAAAGAAUGUCCACAAAAAGCAUAUAGAUCAGACGAAGUCUACAGGCAUCCAGUUUGUUUCUCAAUAUCUAGUCACCCGAGUCGAUUCAACAAAUUCCGAAGUUCAACUGCAGUUCCAGAUCAGGGGAAUAAUGUAACGAUGCCGAUUGUCAUUGUUGUUAGUUCUGUAGGACUAAUAACCAUAAUGAUAAUAAUAAUAUGCAUAUGGUGUAUAUGGAAGAAAAAACAAAACGAGAACGAAAAAUAUCGAAAGGAAAUUAUGGAAUCAGAACUAUCACAGAAAUUAACGGAUGUGAAUGAAAUAAACAGGGAAACAGAGGAAUCAUCAUUGAAUGUGUUUGAAAAAUUUGAUUAUCCCGAGGGCUUGUGUGACAUAUUUCUAAAAGAGAAUUGGCAUGAUGAAAAUGAGACUUACUUCUUCAAAAAAGAUAGCUGUUCUGAAACAUCAGAAGACUGCGACGGCAUAGUUAAGAACAGUAUCGACAUAUCAGAGAACUGGCACGAUAAAGAUGAGAAAUUUUACAGCAAAGAAGUAGAAAACAUUUUUACAAAGAGAACCAUCAAUAGCAUAGAAGAGGAUUGUGUACAAGAAAUCAAGAAAACUUGUUGAUACGUUGAAAAUCACACUGAAAUAUGCCCCGUGUCCGUUGAUAUGUUAGACUAAGCAGCUGUUUUCUUUUUUUGUGUGUUAUUUAUUGCUGUGUAUUUUAACAAACGGUUAACCAUCUCUAAUAGAGAAAUGUUUUGACUAUUUGCGGCCCCAUUAAAUGUUAUCUUAUUUUUAAAAGUUUAACACGAUUUUCAGAUGCAUUUAGUAAAACAAUCCCCAUAUUUAACUUGUU